GACCCCAUACGCGGCAGCCCACGAGGCUCCCCCGUCCCUGGGAUUCUCCAGGCAAGAACACUGGAGUGGGUUGCCAUUUCCUUAACCACUCUCCCACUUUCUAAGAUCAAAUCAGCACAAGUCACCACUUCCUAUUCCUUUAAAAGCCCAGAAAGGCUCAUAAUUUAAUCUGACAUUGCUCCAGGAGCACACAGCAGACAAUAGCCAUUACAUUCUUCCUUUUCCUUUUCCGAUGUCACUUUCCCAGCUCAGUUUCUAAAUGUUUUUAUCACACGCCUACAACAAAAAACUGUCAAAGCCGCUUGGUUAGGAGCUCGUGGUCUACUUUGCCUGAAACCGAUGGAUGGGGGUGGAGGGGUGGUAAGUGGGUCUGAGCGGCCUUGAGGUCUUUGAGCAGAAAAAAGUUUAACACUCCAAGUUUGCAAAUCCGACUUGGUUGGUGGUGAAAUCCAAAGCCUGGAUUCACGUUCUCCUUCAGUUUUGGGGGUCAGUGGCAGAUAACUGUCCAGGCACAACUGGCAAUCUCAGUUGUAAACUCUCCGGGCAGGAGGGGCGGAGGGAAGCAGAAACUGCCUUUUGUGGGUUUGUCAAAGGAAAAUUUGUCCUGAAGAAAAAUUAAUUUACCAGAAGUGGCUUCCCCCACGGCAGAGGGGCGUUUCCAGGCCCACCGUGGCGUUGUUUGGUAAAUAAGGAUGCUUGCUCAGUGCCUGUUCGCGGAAAGGCGCUCCUGCAUUCUCGUGCCCUGGGGGCUGGGACUAGGGCUUGGAGUUUCCCGUCUGGAGGAUCAGUUUCUCCCCCAGGGAUGAUGGAGUGGCUACGCUGUUCCUUGCGCCUGGUGGCCGGGGCACCCGGGCGGUGGCGGCCGGUUCCGCGCGGUGCGUGCGCUGGGGCUUGGCCGCUCCGCCCGCUUUCUCGUGGAGCGGGGCGCAGCGUGUCGCCGCCGCUCUCCGCUGCCGCGCGCCCCGGAAGGCUCCCCAUGGCCAGCCCGCCCCCCGCCGCCGCAGCCCUCGUCCCUCAGGACUGCAAUAAUGGAUGCUCCGCAGAAGGUACCGGAGAAGGCGGAUCCAAAGAGGCAGUGGAGACUUUCAAGGCUGAAGAUCUAAUAAUCACACGAGCCACCGUUUUAAAGGAAAAACCAGACUCCAGUACUCUGGUUUUUGGAACGGUUUUUACAGAUCACAUGUUAACAGUGGAGUGGUCCUUGGAGCUUGGAUGGGAGAAACCACGCAUCAAACCUCUUCAAAACCUCUCACUGCAUCCGGGUUCAUCGGCUUUCCACUAUGCUGUGGAAUUAUUUGAAGGGUUGAAGGCAUUUCGGGGAGUAGAUAAUAAAAUUCGUCUGUUUCGGCCAAACCUCAACAUGGAUAGGAUGUACCGAUCUGCUAUGAGGGCCACUUUGCCGGCGUUUGACAAGAACGAGCUUUUAGAGUGUAUUCAGCAGCUUGUGAAAUUGGAUGAGGAAUGGGUCCCCUACUCAACAUCUGCGAGUCUAUAUAUCCGUCCUACGUUCAUUGGAACUGAGCCUUCUCUGGGAGUCAAGAAGCCGACUAAAGCCCUGCUCUUUGUAAUCUUGAGCCCAGUGGGACCUUAUUUUUCCACUGGAAGCUUUAAUCCUGUGUCCCUGUGGGCCAACCCGAAGUAUGUAAGAGCCUGGAAAGGUGGGACCGGAGACUGCAAGAUGGGAGGGAAUUAUGGCUCAUCUCUUUUUGCCCAAUGUGAAGCCGUGGAAAAUGCAUGUCAGCAGGUUCUGUGGCUCUAUGGAGAAGAUAAUCAAAUAACUGAAGUUGGAACUAUGAAUCUUUUUCUUUAUUGGAUAAAUGAAGAUGGAGAAGAAGAACUGGCAACUCCUCCGCUAGAUGGCAUCAUUCUUCCAGGAGUGACGAGGCAGAGCAUCCUGGACUUGGCACACAAGUGGGGUGAAUUUAAGGUAUCAGAGAGAUACCUCACCAUGGAUGACUUGAUCACAGCUGUGGAGGAGAACCGGGUGAGGGAGAUGUUUGGUUCAGGCACUGCCUGUGUUGUUUGCCCUGUUUCGACUAUACUGUACCAGGAUGAGACUAUACACAUUCCAACUAUGGAGAAUGGUCCUAAGCUUGCAAGCCGCAUCUUAGAAAAACUGACUGAUAUUCAGUACGGAAGAGAAGAGAGCGACUGGACAAUCACGGUAGCCUGAAUGGACAGGAACGGGACGUGUGCGCUUGGGACAGAUUGUGGCAUUUGAAUUAUGGGAAAUGUCUUUGGCUACCUGAUUUUAGUUGUGCUGUUGUUCAUAUUAUCUGCGUUACCAGGGCGAUUGUUUCCUCAUGCCAGAGAAGACGAAUCACAAUUGUCCAAUGAUCGUUUCUAAACUUGCUCCUAGAAGUUUUCCUUACCUUCUCUAGAGAGUUGAUUAUGGAAGCCAUAUAAUUGUAGAAUUUUCCUCCAUAAUCUUAGUGCCUCCCUUAGGGCUUCACUCAGAUUUUUUUAAAAAAAUGUUUAUUCUUUAGCCUAAGUUAUGUUGUGCUUCUCAACCAAUGAGUGUCUUUGUGUUUGAAAGCUGAUCUGAGUACAUUUCAUAGGUUCCAUUUCCCAGGCCACAUCUCCAUUCUCAGAAAAGUGUGUUGUUGUUGUUUAUAAAUCAAGACUUAGAGAAACUGGAUUUCUUUCCCUUACAUUUCUUUCCAGGUCCCCCAAGUCCUCUUAGGGAGAAUCUCUCCUCCUUCCUGAUAAUCACAGUCUGCACCAGGCUCCACUGAUACAUCAACAAGACCACCCCUGCUGUCUCCAGAUUGUGUUGUAAUUCGUGGGCAGGCUUCACUACAGGACUGAGGGUCUUGUGCCUUAUAGAUCUUUGCAUCCCCCAGCCUGGCCCAUAGUAAGGAAUGAAUGAACAUUUAGCUUCUAUAGAAGUGUACCUUCUUUGUUUCUAUAUUAUGAAACCUCUUUAUUAGAAUUUGUGAUUGAUUCUGACUUUGUCUAUAUUUACCUCAUGUUGUCUUUAAUUUCCAUGGACUGCCAAGUCAUUAGAGAUACUCUGAUUGUAGUUUGUUGGAGGAAUGAUUUCUUAUUUGAAGAGUGUCUGGGAAUUAAAGUAAUAAUUCUAAAAAGGUGGUGAUAUCAUAUCAACCAAAUGGAAAUGACAUGUUAUAUGUUAUAUGUCGAAUACAUAAAUGUUAAAGUGUUAAAUACAAAAUAAAUCAUUUAGUUUUUUGGUAGAAAGCAAAGAGGAAUAUACUCUGGAUUUUAUACUCUGGGUUUAUAGGUGCUCUUUCCUGUUGAAUGGGGAUUGGAUAAGCACAUGGUUAGGGUAUAGGGAGAGCGAUUAUAGAUGAUAUUUUCCUUGUUUGGGAGCUGUGAGUUAAAAUUGUAGUGUCCUGGUUUAUCUAGGGGAAAGUCAAAUCUUGAUAGAAAACAUUUACCCUUGGAAGGUCAACUCUCAGACAUUUUAUUUUGGUUUCCUUCAGUCCUAAUAACUUUCAUCUUGCUGAUCAUAUUUCAUUCUCUUUUCAGAGCAAGGAAAAAAAUUCUAAAACUUUGACGUGCUGGAAAAAUUUCCUUAAGGCAUUUAGCAGCACAUAGCAAAUGGGGCUUUGAUUCUUUUCCAAGACUUUUGGCCAUAGGGUCUUUUUAGAUAGGAAUGGUAAAAUGAAAAUGAGGAAAGUAGAAGAUGAAAAGGAAUGGUAAAAAUAUCUUUUUUAGGGGGCUCUUAAUUGGCAAUCUGAAGUCUUGGGAGAGUCUGUUCUUUUCAGGUCUGACAUGCUUUAACUGUCCUGCCUGCACGCUGUUCACCAAGUAGCAUUCUAAGGGUAUGCGUUUGCCUUUGCUAAACCUGUGACCUCACUUUCAAUAUUGUAGUCUAGAAAUGACCUAAGGUAAUUCUAACUUGUCAAGUAGCACAUAAUAACCAGACUCAACAUUCCUAUGAGAAAUGGAAGUCAUUUGUUUGCCACAAAUACAUUUUAUACUUUGCAUCUCUAAAUUUAGUAUGGCUAGACAUGUUCCUUGUAAAAGUUGAAGAACAAUAUGUCUUGACAUUA